CACUCCGGGGACCGUUAUUUAGCCGUUAACCGGCCGCUCGCCCCUCCCCACUCUUCCCACCGCCCAGAUGGAGCGUUUCCCAGCUUCUCUGAGGUUCGGAGGCUGAAGCUCUUAGUUCUUUCUGCUGCCCUCAGAGGCAGCAGGUAGCAGCUCGCGUGGGCGCCCAGUCCAGGGUGCCCAUUUAGUUCUUCAAAGAUAUUUACAGCUAGAAGAGAGAAAAUGGAAAAGCAAAAGCCUUUUAAACUGUUUGUACCACCAAGAUUGAGCAGCAGUCAAGUAUCGGCGGUGAAACCUCAGACCUUAGGGGGAGGAGAUUCUAGUUUCUUUAAGAGUUUCAACAAAUGUAUUGAAGAUGAUUAUGGCUUUCCAUUUGCAAUGACUACUCUCUCCAAAAAUGUGGAAAACAUUGAUUCAGAUCCUGUCUUACAAAAAGUUAACUUUUUGCCCAUGCUUGAACAGAUUGGUAAUUCUGACAGUUGUCGCUAUCAAGUAGGACUAAAAGACUCUGGUUUUGAGAAUUCAGAGCCAAUAAGCAGACUAUAUUCAAAACUAUAUAAGGAGGCUGAAAAGAUCAAAAAAUGGAAAGUGAGUGUAGAAUCUGAACUGAAGCAGAAGGAAAAUAAGUUGCAAGAAAAUAGAAAGAUAAUUGAAGCACAGCGAAAAGCCAUUCAAGAACUACAGUUUGGAAAUGAAAAAGUAAGUUUGAAAUUAGAAGAAGGAAUUCAAGAAAAUAAAGAUUUAAUAAAAGAGAAUAAUGCUACAAGGCAUUUGUGUAACCUACUCAAAGAAACCUGUGGUAGAUCUGCAGAAAAGACAAAGAAAUAUGAAUACGAACGGGAAGAAACCAUGCAAGUUUAUAUGGACCUAAAUAAUAACAUUGAGAAAAUGAUAGCAGCUUUUGAGGAACUUCGUGUGCAAGCUGAGAAUUCUAGAUUGGAAAUGCAUUUUAAGUUAAAGGAAGAUUAUGAAAAAAUCCAACACCUUGAAGAAGAAUACAAGAAGGAAGUAAAUGACAAGGAAAAGCAGGUAUCCCUACUAUUGAACCAAAGCACUGAGAAAGAUAAUAAAAUGAAAGAGUUAACAUUUUUGCUAGAGGAAUACAGAGAUAAAGUUAAUCAAUUAGAAGAAAAGACAAAAUUACAGAAUGAAAACUUAAAAGAAUCAAAUGAGAAACGGGAUCAUUUGACUUCAGAACUAGAAGAUACUAAAGUGUCUUUGCAAAGAAGCAUGAGUACUCAAAAGGCUUUAGAGGAAGAUUUACAGAUAGCAACAAAAACAAUCUAUCAGCUCACUGGAGAAAAAGAAGCUCAAAUGGAAGAGUUUAAUAAAGCUAAAGCUGCUCAUUCAUUUGUGGUUACUGAACUUAAAACUACUAUCUGCAACUUGAAAGAAUUAUUGAGAACAGAACAGCAAAGAUUGGAGAAAGAUGAAGAUCAAUUGAAAAUACUUACCAUGGAGCUUCAAAAGAAAUCAAGUGAACUCGAAGAGAUGACUAAUUUUAAAAACAACAAAGAAGUAGAACUUGAAGAAUUGAAAAAAGUCUUGGCAGAAAACCAAAAGCUUUUAGAUGAAAAGAAACAAUUUGAGAAGAUUGCUGAAGAAUUAAAAGGAGCAGAACAAGAACUAAUAGGUCUUCUCCAAACCAGAGAGAAAGAAGUGCAUGAUUUGGAAAUAAAACUAACUGCCUCUGCAACAAGUGAACAGCAUUAUUCAAAACAGGUUAAAGAUCUGAAAACUGAGCUUGAAAAUGAGAAGCUUAAGAAUACUGAAUUAACUGCAAGCUGCAACAAGCUUUCACUUGAAAACAAAGAACUAGCACAAGAAACAAAUGAUAUGGUCCUGGAAAUCAAGAAACAGCAAGAAGAUAUUAAUAAUAGAAAAAAGCAAGAAGAGAGGAUGUUGAAACAAAUAGAAAAUCUGGAAGAAGCAGAAACACAAUUAAGGAAUGAACUAGAAUCUGUGAGACAAGAGCUAAAACAGAAAGGAGAUGAAGUUAAAUGUAAAUUGGACAAGAGUGAAGAAAAUGCUCGAAGCAUUGAAUGUGAAGUUCUGAAAAAAGAUAAACAAAUGAAGAUCCUAGAAAACAAGUGUAACAAUUUAAAGAAACAAGUUGAAAAUAAAAGCAAGUAUAUUGAAGAACUUCAGCAGGAGAAUAAGGCCUUGAAAAAAAAAGGUACAGCAGAAAGCAAGCAACUGAAUGCUUAUGAGAUAAAGGUCCGUAAGUUAGAAUUAGAAGUAGAAAGUGCCAAACAAAAAUUUGAAGAAAUGACUGAGAGCUAUCAAAAAGAAAUUGAGGACAAAAAGAUAUCAGAAGAAAAUCUUUUGGGAGAGGUUGAGAAAGCAAAAGUAAUAGCUGAUGAAGCAGUAAAAUUACAGAAAGAAAUUGAUAUACGAUGUCAACAUAAAAUAGCUGAAAUGGUAGCACUUAUGGAAAAACAUAAGCACCAAUAUGAUAAGAUUGUUGAAGAAAGAGACUCAGAAUUAGGACUUUAUAAGAGCAGAGAACAAGAACAGUUAUCAGUGAAAGCAUCUUUGGAAAUUGAACUAUCUAAUCUUGAAAAUGAACUUUUGUCUGUUAAGAAGCAACUUGAAAUAGAAAGAGAAGAAAAAGAAAAACUCAAAACAGAGGCAAAAGAAAACAUAGUAACUCACAAAGAAAAAAAAGACAAGAAAACACAGACAUCUUUGUUGGAAACACCUGAAACUAGUCAUCGGAAAUUUGAUUCUAAAGCAGCUUCUUCACAAAAUAUAUCUCGAAAUUUCACAUCAGUUGAUCAUGGCAAAUCCAAAGAUAGAAGAGACUAUCUGUGGACAUCUUCCAAAAGUACUUUAUCUACACCAAAGGCAUAUACAGUGAAGACACCAACAAAAAUGAAAAUACAUCAAAGAGAAAACAAGAAUAAACCCAUUGAAGAAAGUAACAAAAAGAGAAAAAUGGUCUUUGAAUUCGAUAUUAAUUCGGAUAGCUCAGAACCUAAUGAUCUUUUGAGCAUGGUUUCAGAGGAAGAGACAUUGAAAAAACUAUGCAAGAAUAAUAAUCCACCAACUUCUCAUCUUUGUGUCAGAACACCAAAAAAAGACUCCUUCAUCUCUAACAGCCCCUGGAUCUUCAGUGAAGGUUGGAUCUAUAAGAACAAUACAAGAGGAUCGUUGGUCUAUAAUAUCUAAAAUGGA